AUGUCCGACUCGGGAGCCUCGCGGUUCACUCCGCAGAACAAAACCACCCAUGAACGCCUAUCAACACACACAGUAGGCCUCGUUGCCCUUUCCGAUUUCCGCAAGCGACGCGCCGAAGUCCUCGAACAACAGGAGCGCGAGUCUCGUGAAGCUGCAUACUCAGGCACGCCCACUCCGGAUGCUUCCCUGGCAGGCACUCCUGACAACGCUGGCAGUGAUAGCGGAAAUGGUACGCGACCAUUGAAGAAGAAGAAAAAGAAGCAAGGGAAGAAGUUGCUGUCGUUCGAUGACGAAGAGGGCGAGGAUGAAGAGCCAGCGAUCAAGCCCAAAUCGAAACCCCGAAAGGCCAGCGCGGACGAAACCGUAGGCAGCGAGGGCGAGUUCAAGACCAAAUUUAAGGCCAAUGCUUCAGUUGGAAUGGUGCCGAAAGCCAUGACCAAAUCCGCAUUGCGCAAAGAAGCCGCCGAACGAGAUGCUUUGCGACGCGAAUUCUUGUCCAUCCAGGAGGCUGUCAAAGCGACCGAGAUCGCUCUCCCUUUUGUCUUCUACGACGGGAGCAACAUUCCCGGUGGUGUUGUUAGACUGAAGAAGGGUGACUUCAUAUGGGUCUUUCUUGACAAGAGCCGAAAGGUCGGCGCUGACUUGGGCGUUGGCGAAAAGGCAAAUGCAAGGAGAGAGUGGGCCAGAGUUGGUGUUGACGAUUUAAUGCUUGUUCGCGGGACUACCAUUAUACCUCACCAUUAUGACUUCUAUUUCUUCGCCAUGAACAAGACCCCGGGCCCUGAUGGCGAGCCUGUCUUUAAAUAUAACGCCGAACCCCCUCAAAAAACCGAACCGGUCGAUGAUGCAGUUCCUCAGGAAGGCCUCACCACACCUGCUUCCAAGGCUGCUGCUGCUAAAGCGGCUGCUAAAGCGCUGCCCGAUAUAAGCACCCUCGAGGGCGCCGAUGAAGAUCCCACUCUCACAAAGGUUGUUGAUAGGAGGUGGUACGAGAAGAAUAAGCACAUCUUCCCUGCCAGUAUGUGGCAGGAUUUUGACCCGGAAAAGGACUACGGGAAGGAGGUGCGGAAGGAUGCUGGCGGAAACACGUUCUUCUUCUCGCGCUGA